AUGCUCACUCGAUACGAGGCGAUGCUCGGCGGGGAGGUGGCCCCCGUUUCCGCCGACGACGAGAGCGUCUAUAAGACCCUGGACAAGCGCUUCGUGGACCACUGGGCGUUUCAGGGGGAGAUGGGCGGAAGCCAUAUCGCCACUCAGAUGUACUCUUCCUGCGGCAGGGUGUAUGAUAGAGUACGCAAACGGUUGCGCAAGGAGUUGAAGGAUGUUGGCAACGACAAGAAAAAGGCAAAGAAAUUGGUAAGACCUGAUUUCAAGCCCCAAGAACUACAAUAA